AUGGGGGGUGUUCUCAGAAUCGCUGGUUUGGUGUGGGCGGAGGCAGUGAUGGAAGGCGUGCUUUUCAUCAUGCAAACUUAUUUCACAAGUGUUUGGAAACUGAGCUUCACGAAUGCAGCUACAAUUUUGAAUAUAUGGGGUGGACUCUACAGGAUUCUUCCAAUUUUCUUUCUCUUCAUUGCUGAAACUCUUCUUGGAAAUUUUGCCAUUCUUGCACUUUCCACCAUAUUCAGCACUGCGGGUUUGGUCCUUAUAACAGUGGCAACAACGCCAAUGUUUGGGCAAACAGUUUCAGGUGAAGGAUGCCAAAACAAGGGAUGUGUUGGGCAUACAGAAAAACUUCUCUUUAUAACGGGUAUGGUGUUAAUAGGUCUCGGGAGGGCUGCUCGCUUUGCCUCCACUGAACCAUUCAUCGACGAUCAGAUUCAGAUGACUAGCGAUGACCAACAUCUGCCCAACAAUAUCGAUCAUACCACUAACCAUGCGGAAGAUCAGCCCAACAAUAGCGAAGAAGAUCAAAACAACGACCAAAAACAGUUAACUUGGUGGCGGAAAACAUCAAGUUGCACGAUUUUGGCAACCAUAUUUUUCUGGAUGGGUGCCUACACGUACAAGAAACCCAUACCGAAAGCAGAGAGAAGCCCAAUAACUAAUUUUGCCAGAGUGAUAGUAGCCGCUGCUUUCAAGUUUACCCAAUCCUUCCCCAGAGAUGAUGAUACCCGGCUUCACCGCGUAGAUGGCGAGGAAUUUCAGUCACUAUCCCAUACUUAUAUAUUCUCGGUAUUUGUUUCAUUUGCCAAUAACAGACGUAUGUGCAGGUUUCUGCAUAAGGCAGCCAUAGUGAUGCCCGGUGAUAGAAUAGGAUCAUGGAAACUUUGCUCGGUUUCAGAAGUUGAAUUCGCGAAAGCUCUGAUCCGUCUCGUGCCUUUAUUGAGCUGCUUCAUCAUGUGCGGCGUCGUGUACUCAACUGGUAACACGUACUUCAUAGAACAAGCGAGUCAUAUGAAGUUCAAUAUAGGAAAGUGGAAGCCUCCUCUUCAGCUGAUGCUGCUAAUUAGUGCCUAUGGCAAGUUUAUAAUAGUUAUGAUAUUAAGAAGUAUGAACUCACAGUUUGGGAAAGGAGUUGUACAAGGUCCUCUUCAAUUUACCCUGUAUUCUGUGGUAUGCUGCGCGGUGGCUGCUGCCGUAGAGAGACGUCGAAUUCACCUGCUUAGAAGGAAUAAUCUACUGGACCUCCCCGACGAUGGCAAGGUUCCCAUGACAGCCGCGUGGCUCUUUUUCCAGAUCUUUUUCGCUGGCAUGAUGGAACCAUUUUCUGAAUACGGCUAUGCUGCCAUCUCGAGUUUUGGGCUCCUAAAUCGACCAAGAGGUACCACGAUUGUUUUGUGGAGGGGGUUACUGGUUUGGGAUUCUUGUGCUCAUCAUUUUUAGUUUAUGUUGUCGGAAAAGUGAGCGAGGCCGGAGGCGGCACAAACUGGUUUCAGUUUACGUUGAACCAAAGUCGCCUCGAUCGCUACUAUUGGGUCUUGACGACUUUGUGUGCUCUCAAUCUAAUAGCGAGCUUCUGCGUGGCUGUGUAUUACGGGAACAAGGAUGACGGGCGGGCAAACAAUGAAAAUUUUAACCACUAUCUUAUGGAUAGACGUCAAAGACGAAGUACACCAGACGAAGAUUUCGAAAAAAUGUGGAACAUUAUAAAGAGUCUAAAGAUAGGCAGCGUUGUCGAGUUUAUAUUACGUCACUACAAAUUAUCUCGUCUUUUGGAUUUGGAUAAUAAUGCACUAACCAUUGUUUGAUA